GAGGACACAAAAGAAUAGUAUUUACAGAAACAAAAAAAGAAAGAGAAUUACAAGAACAACAGGAGAAAGAGUUUAAAGAAAAACAAGAAUUACAAGAACAACAAGAAAGAGAAAUUAAAGAAAUAUUAAAAAUAAUUCCUCUGGAAGAAAAAUACAAAAUAGAAGAAACUGAAGAAACUAAAUCCCUACAACAAUUUAGAAAAGAAAAUAAAGAACUUACACAACAAUUGAAGCAGAUAAAAGAAAUCAACAAAGAUCUUGAAAAACAAAUGGAAAAUAAACAAGAACAACAAAAAUUGUGGAAAGAAUUAUCAUUAGAGAAAAAGAAA